AGAGCCGAGCUGCGGCACAAGAAAUAGACAAGAAGUGAGGAGAAGGCGAAGUGAUUGAGUGUUGGUGCAUGAGGCCUUCAGGUCCUGCUAGGAGAACCCAUGGAGCCAGACAUCAUGCCCUUGCACUCCUCCUCCCCCCCUCCACUGGAUGAUGAUGGUGACGGGGAGGCAGGAUCAGAGGAGGACGAAUUUGGGGAUUUUGGGGGAUUCUCCACAGGGGUGUCCUGCUCACCUCCUGGCUUUACUGAUUCACUAUCCAGCCUCAGACAGCCUUCUACCACCACAAAGCCAGCCACUCAUCAACCCAACUGUAGCUUUAAUCACCCAGUUGAACAACCCUCAUCCACUCUGGACUCGGGGUCCAGCGGGAGCCAGAUACAAGUGGAAGGGCAGGAUUGUAAUGCUCAAUCACAUGUUCACCUCACUAAUGGGUACUCUGAAAGAGACCACAAAUCUGGGACCCAAAAAGCGUCUGCAAUGGUUGCAUGCUCUCCCAGGGAAGAAAAAGGGUUUGCUGAUUUCACUGUGUUUACAGAGCAGGCAGCACAUCCCUGGUGCUGCGGCUUCUCUCCCAUAGACAGCAAAGAGCAAUGGGAUAGCAGAAGGGAAGGGGUGAACUUUACCAACAGCUUGGGUCAACACAUUUGUGAUCCAGGACAGGAGGUUGUUAUGGAAUCUGAGCCCAGAUCUUAUGCAUGCAAAGCAAAAGAAAAUGUUUGCACCAAGGUCAAGCACUGUGAGAAAAGAGAUGCAGCACUCGUGCAAUCAUCUCAGGACCACCACCAGCCUCAGGAAGCUGCCGCAGCUUUGGAUUUUCCAUCUCAAGAGCUUCAUUUUAGGGAGGAGAAUCCUGAGGGCAGUCAGAGGGGGAGGAGGCCUAGUUUUAAUUCUUUACAAACAACAGAAGUGCAGGAGGAUGGAGAGUCAGACGAAGACAGAGAAGAUCAAGAAAAAAGCCUUUCUGCUGUCCCCCAAACAUUCAGUGUGUACGAGUCCACUUCAGAGGACAUGGCAUCCUUCUGUGAUGAUUUGUCAUUUGAGGGUCAAUCUCUAGACUUGGAACCAAAUGUUUCAUCUCUUGUUUCACAAGGGGAUCAAACUGACUGGGACCCAACUGAUGAUGAUGAUGAUGAUGAUGAUGACGACAAAGAAGGACUGGGAAACUACAGGCGUUCUGACUGUUUUGUCCAGAACAGCAUGGCAAAUCUCAGAAAGUCUAAGGCAGAGAAGAGUUUUCAUUAUUGCGACCAAUCUGCGACUCAGGAAACCUCUGCUACCUCCAAUCAAUCACCAUCUGGAACACAUACAGAAGACAAAUUUGCAGACUUCACAGACUGUAGUUUUGAGCACCACAGGGACCAAGGAGGACACGUCCAAACAGCUGAUGCAGCGGUGCAGAAUUUAGGAAAUCUCCCCCCGAGUGACAGCUUUGCUGAUUUCUGCUCAGCGCCUACACAGGAGGAUGGAGAGGUGCCGUGGGCGGAGUUCAAGGACCAGAGGGCUCAGGAAGAGGGAAAAACUUGGAAGCAGUUCAGAGAGCCAGUCAGCAGCUUGAAGACUGAUGGGGACACUGAAGAGGAGCCGGACAGAGCAGGGCAGUACGGGGUUUCCAGGAGGAACAGCUGUCAGGUAUCACUGUCCUGCCGUGUCCAGCAGCUUCUCCUGGCCAGUUUUCCGGAGGUAGCGGCCCAAGCUGUGGAAGAUGAGGAGGAUGUGCUCAGCCUCAAUGCUAUGCUUUACACCCGACAUCUCCCUGAAAGUGAGGAGGAGGAGUUACCUGAACUCUGUCCCAGAUCUCAGUGGACUCGGCCGGGGCUGUGGUUGCCACAUCAGGACCUUCAUGAUGCAGUCGGCCUGCAGUUUCAGUGGGGAGGUUCCCACACAAACAGGACUCUGCUCAGGUGCCUCGAUGUGGAGACAAAGAACAUUGUGUUUAUUGGCAUGAAGAAGCAGCCAGUGGCCGUGCCUGCUUUUGCAUCCAGCCUGGGAAUGCUAGAGCCCACCAAAGACUCUGUGCCAGCUGUCUGUUCUCCAGGACACACAGCGGUCACAGCACAAGCACCUCCAGGACCCCGGGACACACUGGACUUCUCAGCAGAUUCAGUGCAGGAGGCUCUCCCUUCCAGGCAGCUGGACUGGAGCAGCCGUGGCCUUAGCAGCUCUCAGGACGACUGCUCUGCUCUCAACCUGGAUUAUUUUGGUGCUGAGAAGGAGAACAGAUCCUGCAACGGCAGCAACAGCAGCCGUAGCAUCAGUCCUCCUCCAGGAGUUGACCGUGAGCUGUACGAGUUGACCAUCAGCAAACUGGAGACCAGCGCUUAUAACAGUAGCCACAUGGAGGACACUCUGAAUCGCCUGAUGUCCACUGCAGAGAAAACCAGUACUUCAGUCAGGAAGCCACAGCAGGAUGACGAACUGAGUACGGAGGCUGCCACAUUGAUCUCAGGACUGCCUAAUCUGUCUUUCAUGCAGGCUAAGGUCCUCAUGUUCCCAAGCAUCCUCCUACCCGAAGAAUGCUGUUCCCCAAAAAUACAGACUCAUUUACACUGAAUGCUUUAUCGACCACCUGCUGCCAUUAACGCAGGAUUCAAAUACUCCAAACAAGAGACAUUGUGGACUCUAAAACAGUGAGUUUAGCUUCCUGAUGAACUUAAUAACCUGCUGGUUAUCUUAAGUCUUCACUCGAAAACAGAAUACCCUCACUUGUAUCAGCUCAUGCAUUCUUCUCAAAGCACAAAAAUCUGCAAAGUGCAAAGAAAGAGGUCUGCAUUGUGUGUAACACAAAGUAUUUCUCUUCUUUAAGUCGAGUGUUGUGGUUUAUUUUGAUGACCUAUACACACAUAUAUUCACUCUAGAGACUGCUACAGCAAACUUACUGACUAAAUGCUGUAUGAUUGUAAAUUUUUAACUAUAAAACAUAAUUGUAUUUUCAUGUUGAAUUAUUAUAAACAAAUGUCAUCAUAUACUGACGUAGUAUGAGAAAUGGAAAUAAUGUACAUUCUGAGUGGUUUGAUAAGGCCUGAGUAAGUAAAGUGACCUUUAUGAAGAUGUGUAAAAUAUGAGAUAAUAUUCUCCUUCAAUAGUGAAUUAAAAUUCCAACUCUCAUGAUUGUAGACUGCCAGCUAGAAAAAGCUGGUUAUUUAGUGUUUGAGUCCACUUUUAACCUACCUUUCAGUAAUGUUCAGUUUAAAGUUCUGCAAAAGAAUGUGGAAAAUAAAACAACUGCCUUGGGGUGUGUUUUU